AUGGGGCGAAACUUGCACGAAACAAAAAGGGUGUUUAAUGAAAGGUACCCAGAAAACCCAAUUUGCAGGAAAUAUCUACGGGAUUUGGUGGCAAAAUUUCAAACAAGUGGAAGUGUGGGUAGGCAGAAAGGAUCGGGAAGGAAAUCAAUUUCCGAAGAGAAACAGGUGCAAAUAGUUGGUUCGGUUGUCAAUAUUCCACAACAAUCGACGGCCGCAGUUGCAGAAACCACAUUUUUUUCGAGAAGUGAUAAUGGGAGGGAGUUUGUAAAUAAAAUAAUCCAAAAUUUAACGGCAGAAUGGGAAGGUUUGAAGCUGGUAAAUGGGAAACCUCGUCAUAGCCAAAGCCAAGGCAGUGUUGAACGAGCAAACGCUGAUAUUGAGGCAAUGCUAGCCACCUGGAUGUCUGACAAUGGAACCAAAGAAUGGUCAAAGGGUAUAAGUACAGUUCAAUUUAUGAAAAACAGAUCUUUGCAUGCUGGGCUAAAAAUGUCGCCAUAUAAAGCCUUAUUUGGCACUGAACCCAAAGUUGGUCUUGCAACAGAAAACCUACCUGUCGAAUGUGUUAGAGAAAUUAUAAACGAGGAAGAUUUGGAUAUGUUACUGCAGAAUAACGACGAUGAUGAAAGCAGCUCCGAAAAUGAAAAUGUGCCGGAAACUCUACAAAACCGAAACACAUGUAUUUUGGCCAUCAGGAGUGAAGCCUCAGGAAAUCUUCAACAGCAAGCAAAUAAAAUGCUAAAAACUUCCAAUGCAAAAUAUUCGCCAUGUUUAGUAGGUACCAAUGUUACAGUUCCUAUUCCAGGUGUUGAUCGUGCACGUGGCUCCUUCCGCAAUGUAAUUGCCGUUGUGAUGGAAAUAAAUGAAGUCAAUGGCACUUAUAGACUUGGAACAAAGGAUGGAAUGUUACAGCAAUUAUAUGUCCGAUCUCAAUUUGAGAGCUGUUCAAAUUCAACUUUUUUGCAUAUUAAUGAUGUGCCAAACAACUUCCCUUAG